AUGAAGAAGCAUUUUCUCAAGGUGGCUGCUAAGAAGCUGACGGAAACCUGCCUGGGCCAGGCCUGGUAUCUCCUUUGGAUGUACAGUUCUUCGCUUGGUGAAAAUACAGUUACAGAAGGCCAGUGUCCAUAUUGUUACCAGUUUCUGGUGCUGAAUAAAUACAGAGUUCUCCUUAAGCCAAAGCCAAAACUAACACCAAAAGUAAAGAAAGUUCUUAAUCGAGAAUCGAAAAAUUGUAGACUCAAUUUUAAAGAAGCAAAGAUUCUUAAAAAGUACAAUGACUCCAGAAACAUUCUGUUGGUUACCUGUAAAGCAUGCAACAAAACAGUGAGAUAUGAUGGUAAAAGCAGAAGCUUCUUGGAAGAAAUGAAAAAUAGUCUUAGCACUCCCAAGAUUAAGCCUGGCAUGAAGACACCAGACAUAAAAUCUUCAGGAUCUACAAAGAAAAAGAAAAAAUCCUUCAGUAGUAAUAAAUCCAGUUCCAAAGACAAUAGUCCAGCAUUAAUUUUCAGAACACCUACAUCAGGACAGUCAACACCCAGUUCCUCAUCAAAGAGUCUCAAUAAAAUGAAGCAUCAUUUGUCUCAGCUGAAAAUGUUAUUCAAUAGUGAAGAAAGCCAAAAAACUCCAUCAAAGGAUUUCCGAAAUUUCUUGUCCUCACUCUGA